GACCAACACGGGAGAAGGGUUCUCUCUCUGUUCGCUCGCAUUUAUCUUCGCCGCUUUAAUUUCCCUAAUAAUAAUUCCGCUUCUUCCGAUUCGGAUUCGAGAGCGAGAGGGAGAGAGCGAUCGGUGGUGGAAAUCGAAGCAGAAGAGAAGAGAAGAGGUGAUCUACGUGCCUUCCAAGGCGAACUUCUCCGAGCGAUUAGGGAUCUCCGGCGACGGUGGUCAGGUUGAAUUUCGAUACCCGCGUCGAGGUGGGGCAGUGAUGCCUAUAGCGCCGGAGACGAGACCUGGCGGUUGGACUGAGUCGUAGGUCGCCGCGGUUCCUUCCCGCUGCCGUGUCUACACCGGUAUGGAGACCGACUCCUCGAUGGCGACGGACACGGACCACGAUCCAGCGACAGGGACCCGCCACGACCAAGCAAAUGGGACCGCCUUGCCUCCGUUUCCGGCGGAGGAGGCGGGGCAGCAGCGGCCGGUCGUGGUGGGGCCGAAACCCGCGCCGACGUACUCGGUGGUGGAUGCGGUCAUAGAGGGGAAGGAUGACGGGCCGACGUCUAGGUGCGGCCACACGUUCACGGCUAUAGCGGCUGUCGGGGAGGAGGGAACGCCUGGGCACAUAGGGCCGCGGCUUAUUCUGUUCGGAGGUGCGACGGCGCUCGAAGGCAAUUCAGCGGCCCCACCAUCGCCGGCAGCAAGUGCUGGCAUUCGCUUGGCAGGUGCAACGGCUGAUGUUCAUUGUUAUGAUGUGUUGACUAACAAAUGGACAAGGCUGACACCUCUUGGAGAGCCCCCAUCACCCAGGGCUGCACAUGUUGCAGCUGCUGUGGGAACUAUGGUAGUAAUCCAGGGUGGAAUUGGCCCUAAUGGUUUGUCAGCGGAGGAUCUUCAUGUUUUGGACUUGACUCAGCAGCGGCCACGGUGGCAUAGGGUUGUUGUCCAAGGACCUGGUCCAGGACCACGCUAUGGUCAUGUGAUGGCUCUAGUUGGUCAGAGAUUUCUAUUGACAAUUGGUGGAAAUGAUGGGAAACGCCCUUUAGCUGAUGUUUGGGCUCUUGAUACUGCUGCUAAACCCUAUGAAUGGAGGAAGUUGGAACCUGAAGGUGAUGGUCCACCUCCAUGCAUGUAUGCAACUGCAAGUGCACGCUCAGAUGGUCUUCUAUUGCUUUGUGGUGGGAGAGAUGCAAAUGGGGUGCCUCUGUCAAGUGCAUAUGGUCUUGCAAAACAUAGGGAUGGUCGUUGGGAAUGGGCUAUUGCUCCUGGCGUUUCUCCUUCUCCAAGAUACCAGCAUGCCGCUGUUUUUGUCAAUGCUAGGCUUCAUGUCUCUGGAGGGGCUCUUGGUGGUGGACGAAUUGUAGAAGACUCUUCAAGCAUUGCUGUGCUAGACACUGCUGCUGGAGUUUGGUGUGAUACCAAGUCUGUUGUUACAAGUCCCAGGAAAGGGAGAUAUAGUGCUGAUGCAGCUGGCGGAGAAGCAUCUGUUGAGAUAACAAGGCGUUGUAGGCAUGCGUCCGCUGCUGUCGGUGACAAAAUCUUCAUUUAUGGAGGAUUACGAGGCGGUAUGCUUCUUGAUGACCUACUUGUUGCGGAAGAUCCAGCUGCUACUGAAACAAGUGCAGCUUCCCACAUUACUGCUUCAGCUGCUAAUGCAAAUGCACAAAUAGGUGGAACGCCAGAAAGAUACAUGUUCUUUGAUGAAAGAUCAAGGCAAACUUCUACUGAAACAGUUCUUGAUGGUGCAGCAGUGAUGGAACCUUCAGUGGCUACUGUCAAUGGCGAUAUGUACACCAACAUGAACACUGAUGAUUCCAUGCUUCAAGGACCGAGAUUGAACAAAGGUGUUCAGUAUUUAGUAGAAGCGUCAGCAGCAGAAGCUGAGGCAAUUAGUGCUGCUUUAGCUGCUGCCAAGGCACGACGGAUCAAUGGUGAGGUCGAACAAUUGCCUGAUCAAUCCUAUGAUUCAGAGGAUACUCCAGGUGAAAAACAACUCUCAAAUCUCAGUAAAACAUCAGACGCUUCACUUUCAAAUGGUGCAUCUCGAAUUGGGGUCCGAUUGCAUCAUAGAGCGGUGGUUGUAGCAGCCGAGACAGGAGGUGCUUUGGGUGGUAUGGUCAGGCAGCUCUCAAUCGAUCAAUUUGAAAAUGAAGGUAGAAGGGUCAGCUAUGGCACACCAGAGAAUGCUACUGCUGCUAGGAAACUAUUAGACCGUCAAAUGUCUAUUAAUAGUAUACCCAAAAAGGUUGUUGCUCAUCUCCUGAAACCACGUGGUUGGAAACCCCCUGUACGCCGACAGUUCUUCUUAGAUUGUAAUGAGAUUGCUGAGCUCUGUGAUAGUUCUGAAAGAAUAUUCACUAGUGAGCCAACUGUUCUACAAAUUAAAGCUCCUGUCAAAAUCUUUGGUGAUUUACAUGGUCAAUUUGGGGAUCUUAUGCGGUUGUUUGAUGAGUAUGGUGCUCCUUCAACAGCAGGGGACAUUUCUUAUAUUGAUUAUCUCUUUUUGGGUGACUAUGUUGACCGUGGCCAACAUAGCCUGGAAACUAUUACUCUUCUCCUUGCAUUGAAGAUCGAGUAUCCACACAGUGUUCAUUUAAUUCGUGGAAACCAUGAAGCAGCAGACAUUAAUGCUUUAUUUGGGUUUCGUACUGAGUGCAUUGAGCGAAUGGGAGAACGAGACGGAAUUUGGGCAUGGCACCGUUUUAACCGAUUGUUUAAUUGGUUGCCUUUAGCUGCUACAAUUGAGAAGAAGAUUAUCUGCAUGCAUGGUGGCAUUGGCCGUUCGAUAAAUCAUGUAGAGCAGAUUGAAAACCUUCAGCGACCUAUCACAAUGGAAACUGGUGCAAUCGUUCUUAUGGAUCUGCUAUGGUCUGAUCCAACAGAGAAUGAUAGUGUUGAAGGUUUAAGACCAAAUGCCAGGGGUCCUGGCUUGGUUACUUUUGGGCCUGACCGAGUCAUUGAGUUCUGCAAUAAUAAUGACCUCCAAUUGAUAGUACGGGCACAUGAGUGUGUCAUGGAUGGUUUUGAACGGUUUGCUCAGGGUCAUUUAAUCACUCUUUUCUCUGCAACUAACUAUUGUGGAACAGCAAAUAAUGCCGGGGCAAUUUUGGUUUUGGGACGAGAUCUCGUGGUCGUCCCAAAGCUAAUUCAUCCUUUACCUCCUGCCAUCAAUUUGUCCGAAACAUCACCGGAGCGUCAUAUUGAGGAUACAUGGAUGCAGGAAAUUAAUGCCAACAGACCGGCCACGCCUACCCGAGGCCGACCCCAAGUGGCAAAUGAUCGAGGUUCUCUAGCCUGGAUAUAGUAAUCACCCAAAAUACAUAUAUACUAAUGCCCGUUCCAUGAACUGAGGUCCCCAGUGGUUCAUGUGUCAGAACUCUUUUAGACAAGAAAGCUGGUUUUAUUAACUGACCAAAAAAUUUGUAAAGCUCUUAGAUGUUUCAACAUGUAAAGUAAAUUGAUAGUUGCUUACAGAGGUGUUUGGAGUCAUUAUCAUGUAACUUUAACAUGUGAACUGGUUGGUUUACUGCACUAGGAAGUGCUCGGAGGCUGCCCCCGUUGACACAAGCUUCACAACUGUAUAUUCUGCUGCAGGAUAGGCGACUUCAUGUAUUUGUUGCUGGUUUUAAAUCAUUGCUGGUAUUUUUGUAGUAAUUCUUUGUUACUCAAGAAGUAAUAUUUUUUUUUUGGAACUGAGGUUAACAAUCACUAUGAGCCAUGUAUAAUAAUAGUCUUUCCCCAUACAGCGCUUCUGUCACUGUAAUUUCUCUGGUGAUGCCGUGUACAAUACAAGUUUUGAGUGUGUUGCAAUGGAUAAGGUUGUGUUGGUUUGUGAGAAUAUGAA